GAACAGUGUAGGAGGUUUGGAUUAUUAUCAAACAUCUUUUGAGAACAAAGUUGGCACUUUAUACUAAACGAUGAAGAUCACCCGUCCACCGACCCUAUUUGCGGUGGCCGGAAUGUCAAUUGUGAAAAGUAACUGAAAUACACCACCAGAGUCCUCCCUACACGACUUAACGGAUCGCUUAAACGGAAUUAUGGCAGACACAGACGCAAGUAUCUUGCCAGCUGCAGAUGACAUUCCCAAGGCCGAGAAUUUUACUCAAGUGGGUAUUAUCGUAAGUGAAGAACGAGGCCGACUCCAGGUUCAAGAAGAUAAAAUUUCUGUUUCAGAAAGUUGUAGAAGGAAAAUACAUAUAGCAGCAGUUUCUGGAAAUUGGAUUGAGGCUUCAUCCUAUUCGAGAAUUCCUUCUCAAUGGUGGCGAAUUCCACUAAAUGGUCGUGGAAUGACAGCCCUUCAUGUUGCAAUAAGCAUGAGAAAAACCAGUUUUGCAGAAAAGCUGGUGAAUUGUAUGGAAAUGCAUGAUUUGGAAAUUCCCAUGGUAGAUGGAAACACAGCCUUUUGUUUGGCUGCGAUGACUGGCAAUGUUAAAAUUGCUGGAAUUCUGUUACGCAAGAAUCGUAGGUUGCUAUGGAUUAGAGGCCAAAACAAUAUGCUGCCAAUUCAAUUAGCAUCUUCUGCAGGCCACAUUUCAAUGGCAGAAUUUUUAUUUCAAGCUCUUCCACUGGACCUUCACAACAUUAUGCCCUUCCAAGACAUUGCCAAUUUAUUUUUCUUCAGCAUCCACAACAAUAUUUACACCAUGGCAUCAAAAUUGUUGAAUCGCUAUCCUAAAUUGGCCACCAUGGAAAACGAAGGGGGAUUCACAGCUUUGCAAAUGCUUGCCCAAAUUUCUUCGUCCCAGGAAGCUAUUGGUGAUGAAGAUAUUGUAAGAUCGUUGUUUAAGGGAAUGGGAAAAGAGGAAGAAUCUCUCAACUAUGAAAAAUUGUCAACAGCAAUGUUUGAUGCUGCAAAAUAUGGAAACACUAUGAUUUUAAAAUUUAUUUUCAAGUAUUAUCCAGAAUUGUUAUUUGAAGUGGAUUCCACCAAGCAAAGAAACUUACUCCACAUUGCUAUUCUACANCGACAAGANGCUGUAUACAAACUAAUANUAAAGCAGGGAGAUUUCAAGAAUAUGAUGGUACAAUUGGUUGAUUUUAACGAUAACAAUGUUCUUCAUUUAGCUGCAAAGUUGGAUAAACCAGAACAAAAAUUCGGAUUAUCAACAAACUAUGUUCAAAUGCGUACUGAGGAGACAUGGUUUCAGGUAUAUAUCUACUUCAUUAGCAUUUUUCCAUUACAAGGAUGUUUAUCUAUUUAAUAUUUUUCUUUCUACCAGUUCCUUAUAAUCUGU